AUGGCGGUGGGUCGGCUGGGUUACCGGCGGUGGCGCGGCUACUAUUGCUGCUGGGUCGCCCUGCUGAUGCUGGCCCUGUUUGGUCCCGCUCCUGCCCGCGCAUUACCGGACGCCAUCCGGAUCGGUGGACUGUUCCAUCCCGACGAUGACCAUCAGGAGAUUGCGUUCCGGUACGCAGUGGAGAAGAUCAACUCCGACCGGACGAUACUGCCCCGUUCAAAGUUGCUGGCCCAAAUUGAAAGGAUCUCACCGCAGGACAGCUUUCUCGCAUCGAAGCGCGUGUGCCAUUUGUUGGGUGUCGGUGUUGCCGCCAUCUUUGGACCGCAAUCAUCACACACAGCGAGCCAUGUGCAGAGUAUAUGCGACACGAUGGAGAUUCCCCAUCUGGAGACGCGUUGGGAUUAUCGAUUAAGGCGGGAAAGCUGCUUGGUUAAUCUUUACCCUCAUCCGAGCACACUCUCAAAGGCAUACGUUGAUCUGGUGGCAGCCUGGGGUUGGAAGUCGUUCACCAUCAUCUACGAAACGAACGAAGGUUUGGUGCGGAUGCAGGAACUCCUGAAGGCGCACGGACUCUCCGACUAUCCCAUCACGGUGCGACAGCUAAGCGACUCCGGCGAUUACCGGCCACUUCUGAAGCAGAUCAAAAACUCGGCCGAAUCGCACAUCGUGCUGGACUGUUCGACCGAACGGAUCUACGAGGUGCUGAAGCAGGCGCAGCAGAUCGGCAUGAUGAGCGACUAUCACAGCUACCUCAUCACGUCGCUGGAUCUGCAUACCAUCAAUCUGGACGAGUUCAAGUACGGCGGCACCAACAUCACCGCGUUCCGUCUGGUCGAUCCGGAAAAUCCGGAGGUAGCGCAAGCCAUCCACAACUGGACCAUCGGUGAGGCUCGGCUCGGCAAAAAGGUUGACUUCAAAACGGCGGAAAACGUGACCGUGAUCAAGGCGGAAACGGCACUGAUGUAUGAUGCGGUGCAUCUGUUUGCGAAGGCACUGCACGAUCUGGACACCAGCCAGCAGAUUGACAUUCAUCCGCUGUCAUGCGACACCCAGGAUACGUGGCCGCACGGAUACAGCCUAAUAAAUUAUAUGAAAAUCGUCGAGAUGCGUGGCCUAACCGAUGUCAUCAAGUUCGACCAUCAGGGCUUCCGGAGUGACUUUGUGCUGGACAUCGUGGAGCUGGGACCGCAGGGUUUGCGCAAGAGCGGCACCUGGAACUCGACGUCCGGUGUGAACUUUACGCGCACGUACGGCGAACAGCAGAAGGAGAUCGUUGAGAUACUGCAGAACAAGACGCUGAUCGUGACGACGAUACUGAGCGCGCCGUACUGCAUGCGGAAGGAUUCGGCGGAGAAGUUGACCGGAAACUCCCAGUUUGAGGGUUACGCGAUCGAUCUGAUCCAUGAGAUCUCCAAGAUACUGGGUUUCAACUACACGAUUCGAUUAGCACCAGACGGGCGGUACGGCAGCCACAACAAGGAGACGGGCGAAUGGGACGGCAUGAUCAAGGAGCUGUUGGAGCAACGGGCCGACUUAGCCAUCGCCGACCUCACCAUCACCUUCGACCGUGAGCAGGUGGUCGACUUCACGAUGCCAUUUAUGAACCUCGGCAUCUCGGUCCUGUACCGGAAACCGGUCAAACAACCACCGAAUCUGUUCUCCUUCCUAUCCCCACUCUCGCUCGACGUCUGGAUCUACAUGGCGACAGCUUACCUCGGUGUUUCGGUGCUGCUCUUCAUCCUAGCACGCUUCACACCGUACGAGUGGCCGACGCCGAAUCCGUGCGAUCCGCACCCGGAAAAGCUGCAAACCCAAUUCACGCUGAUGAACUGUAUGUGGUUCGCGAUCGGUUCGCUGAUGCAGCAGGGGUGCGAUUUUCUGCCCAAGGCGGUUUCGACGCGGAUGGUCGCCGGGAUGUGGUGGUUCUUUACGCUGAUCAUGAUCUCCUCAUACACCGCCAAUCUGGCCGCCUUCCUUACCGUCGAGCGGAUGGACUCGCCGAUCGAAUCGGCUGAGGAUCUCGCCAAGCAGACCAAAAUCAAGUACGGCGCGCUGCGUGGUGGCAGCACGGCUGCCUUCUUUCGGGAUUCCAACUUCUCCACGUAUCAGCGCAUGUGGUCGUUCAUGGAGUCGGCUCGCCCAUCUGUGUUUACCGCAAGCAACAUUGAGGGUGUGGAGCGUGUGGUGAAGGGCAAGGGAAGCUACGCUUUCCUCAUGGAAUCUACCUCGAUCGAGUAUGUGAUCGAGCGGAACUGUGAGCUGACUCAGGUGGGCGGCAUGCUCGACUCGAAGGGCUACGGAAUUGCGAUGCCGCCAAACUCACCCUUCCGCACGGCGAUCAGUGGAGCAGUGCUCAAGCUACAAGAGGAAGGGAAACUUCACAUCCUGAAAACGCGGUGGUGGAAAGAAAAGCGUGGAGGUGGAUCCUGCAGAGACGACACGUCUAAAUCGAGCUCGACGGCAAACGAGUUGGGACUGGCGAAUGUGGGUGGCGUAUUCGUCGUGCUGAUGGGCGGUAUGGGUGUCGCGUGCGUUAUCGCCGUGUGCGAGUUCGUCUGGAAAAGCAGAAAGGUGGCGGUCGAGGAACGGGAGGUAUCGCUUUGCUCCGAAAUGGCGUCCGAGCUACGAUUCGCGCUGAAACGGAACCGGACCCAACCGAAGCACGGUGGCAGCGGGGGCACACUGCGUACCGCCUCGUCCCGCGCCUCCCCGAAAGAUUCGUCCGAACCGUCAUCCGAGCAUGCCCGGUUCCAUCCGCUCGGGCCACCCUACGCACAGUACGAGUUCGAUCCGAAGGCCGUCCCUUAGGUGUUGCGGUGUCCCGAGGGUUCCUGCUAUCGCGUCGAUACGAUCGCGCGCGGUACGGCCUGCCUCGGGUCGGUCUCCUACGCCGAGUAUCACU